AUGUCUUUCGGCCAAGAUUGCAGCAUGGCUCGAAAGUCCCGGCACGAGAAGUCUUUGUUGCCGAUCGCGGCGGCCGUCAACCUGGAACAAGCCCUGCAACUUCCAGAGGUUCGACGGCUCGUUCCAUUCAACGAGGUGGCCAUCAACCUGGACCAAAGUGUGCAGCACUCUGCAGCUGGCCACCUCGGUAGCAAGCUGCUUCAGACUGUGCCGCGGCUGCGUGUUAUCAGGACGCCGCCCAUGUCCUUCCAGAAGAUCUCGCCGAGUGCCAAGAAGCGCCUGGCGGGCAACUCGUUCAAUCAAGCGUGCAUGACUGGGUGGAUGGCAUUUGUCUUGGCCUUCACGAGCCCGGUUACUGACUCCGAGCUUCCUGCUGCGGUCAUGUCAGAAGCAAACACCGCGGUGGAGACGGGCAAAGGACAAGAUUUGGCCGAGACCCUCCUCGUGAGCCUCAGGCAGAGCCGCAAGGCUGUUGGGAAGAGUCGGAAGAGUGGUCAGCGUGGUACUGAAGACCAAGACCAGGUGACCGCUUCGGCCUCGAGCACGGCAAGUGACAGCGAAGCCUGA